AAUAAAAACGGCAGAAGUGUUUCUCGCUCAGUGAGGACGACAAAUUUCAGUCUGAGACACACCAUGUAUGGCCCACAGGAAAAUGGCCUACAUGACCUUUCAGAUGAUGACCACCCAGAUAGUGAUGUUUUCCUUCCUCUGCCACCUCCUCAUUCCCCAGGCCAGGGAGGUCCAGAGGAGGGAGGCCCGUUUGCAGAUGGCGAGGAGGGAGGAGGAGGAGGAGAAGUGUCCAAACUGGCUGAAGUUCCUGCUCUGAAACGAAAAGGUGUGAGGAGGCCACAGCCCAAGCUGGACUCUGAAAGGUUGACCUCAGACAGAGGACUUCCAGCUCUGCGCACACUCUUUGAUCAUGUUCAUUUCAAAGGCAAAGGUCACGAGGCGGAGGAUCUGCUGCUGCUGAUGCAGAAGAUGGAGAACUGGGCCCACAGGUUGUACCCCAAACUGCAGUUUGAAGAUUUUAUUGACAAAGUGGAAAAGCUGGGCAGCAAGAAAGACGUGCAGACUUGUCUGAAGAGAAUACGGCUGGAUAUGCCGCUGACGCAUGACGAUUUCAUUGAUAAUCCCGGUGAGGACGAGGUGUCUCCUGAGGCCAACAUCUUUGGUGAUCCAGAACCCUUUGGUGACCAAAGCUUACCUGAUGACCCACCAAGGCCGGCCCACUCCACCCCGGCUGCGGCUGGCCCCGCCCUCAGUGAGGAGCAGCGUGAACGCAUGGAGCUGAACAGACGGCGGGCUCUGGAGAGGAGGCUCGCUCGCCAACAGCAGCAAACCGACUCGCAGCCCGUUGACCUGUCGGAGGAGGACUUGUCAGCCGUCGCGACUACACUUGUGCACGGCGGGAGUGAUGAGGGAAAGGAUGACCAGGUGAAGGAACCGGAUUUGGAACCCAGUGAACCUUCACUCACUAACUCUGAGUUUUCCCCUGAACCGCCUCAGCUUGAUAAGGCAGAACCCUGCUUCAGCCCUGCUCAGAACCUGGAGGAUGGUGACUAGUGCAGCACACACUCUGUGCCAAGCUUGCGAGUCCAUCAGCGCUGGCUAAAUUUUGAAUUGAACCAACAAACUACAGGGUUUUUUUGUUGAUGUUGUUGGUCAUCAGCACAGACUGACUGUAUAAAGACGAUUCACAUCAUCCGGGUGUAACACGCCUACCUUCAAAAUGUGGUUUAGUCUUUGGACCCGUGGUGACUCGCUGCUCAGCAUAUUUGCUGUAUGAGUUUCUCCACUUGUUCAGAGCGGAGAGAAAAGCUGUCACUUCCUGUUAUCAUGGGUUCGUGGUGAGACUUCCUAUCGGCAUGGUUUAGUGAAAUGGGCAGGGCUGGUAACUUGGCAACACAGCGACCGUUCGAGUUUGAGUAUUACUGCAAGUUAAUCGCCACGACUGUAGGGUUAAAACAGUCGGUAAAACUGGUAACUGUUAGAACCCCAACAUUAUCUGCUUGAUGACAAGUUCAACAAAUGUUUUGAGGCUAGUUAAUGUGCCAGUUUGUGAUAGCUAGUGUGCCAACUAGCAUGCUAGCUGACUUGAGCAGUUGGUGUCUUUUUUUUUUUUUUUGACUGCAAUGU